CACGCGUUCAGCGGAUCGAACCGAGUGAAUCCGAUGCUUCUGCUUGAUCGGUUCUGGUUCUUCUGACAGAUCGGUUCUGAUUCUCCUUGAUCGGUUCUGAUCGUGAUGUAUCUCGCAGAUUUCAUCGCCGGUUCUGUCGGAGGAGCGUUCGGAGUGGCGGUGGGGUAUCCGCUGGACACCGUGAAGGUGAGACUCCAGACGCAGACUCAUGAUUCUGGUGUUUGGGAAUGUGUGAGAAGAACCUGCAGAACCGAAGGAGUCAGAGGUUUCUAUCGAGGGAUGUCGAUGCCGGUAACCACCGUCUCCAUCAGCUCCUCUCUGGUUUUCGGCACCUACAGGAACGUUCUUCAUUACCUGCAUCAGAUGCGGCACAGAAGCGCAGCGGAUCCUCACCAUAAAGCUCAUAUUUUUCUGUCUGGGUUCGCCGGAGGCGUCGCUCAGGUUUUGGUGAUGUCGCCCGCAGACAUCGUGAAGGUUCGUCUUCAGUGUCAGAUGGAAGGGCGGAGAUACAGCGGUCCGCUGCACUGUCUGCUCAGCAUCGCCCGCGGCGAGGGUCUGCUGGGCCUCUAUAAGGGUUCUGCUGCUUUAGCCCUGCGCGACGGACCCUCCUUCGCCACCUAUUUCCUCACUUACAACACCAUCUGUGAUUCACUGUCUGCAGAGAACCAUCAGCCAGGCUGGCCGGUGGUUCUUCUGGCCGGUGGCGUGUCCGGUAUGUGCGGCUGGGCCGUCGGGACGCCCAUGGACGUGAUCAAGGCCCGUCUGCAGGUGGACUAUGUGAGCGGCCGGCGCUACAGAGGAUUCUUUCACUGCAUCACACACAGCGUGAGGACCGAAGGCGCAUCCGUCCUGUUCAGAGGACUGACGGUAAACUGCAUCCGUGCUUUUCCCGUCAACAUGUCUGUUUUUGCCACGUACGAACUGGUCGUUCGCUUCCUGCGUUCAGCGUCAUGAAGGUCAUGGUCAGAUUUUUGCACAAGUUUUGCAUCAUGCACAAUAACGUUUGUGUUCCACUGUGAGCUGCAGAAGCUCAUGAACCAGAGAGUGAAUAUGUAUAAUCUGUAUUAAUAUAUAUUUGAGUGUUUUGCAGUGUCUACCUCCAGAUGCGUCUGCUGAAGAGCAUCGUGAAUGUUUAAGGGUUUGAAUUCAAACUCGUGUAUUCCUGUCAUUUCCAUCCAGCGUUUUUUAUGCAAUAUCCCAAAAUGCACAUAGAAAUAGGUGGAUGGAAACAUAUCUAGUGUUAAUCAGGUUUAACCUUUUACUAACUGUCUGUGUUUAAUCUCAGUUGUAUCUGAAUGUGUGAAGCUCGUAUCAGGGGUUUACACAUUAACGCACACAUUCUGUCAGAUAUGCAUCUCUGUUUUUAAAUGAAUGUUAAAUGAACCGUUUACACAGCUGAAUGUUCACAGAAUCAGUAAUACAAUAAACAUGUCAUUUACAA